AUGGCGGCAUAUGUGUUGGAGUUCACAGCGGUCAGCUUGUUUCUGGCGCUCCUUUGGGCUACACCAGAAGCUUAUGCUCAGGGUAUCAUCCCUGCUAUCCCCUGGGCCUGUCCCGUCCAGUCCGUGGAUCUCCGUCCCCUACUGUUCGUCGACUGCGAAUACAACAUCAACAUUCCUGGCAAGUUUGGAAGCUGCACAUACAGCCUGGAACGGUUUGGGAGCCUCGGCGCUACGUCCUUCACAUUCGGGGUCCAGCUCAGAUGCCCCGGUCGUCUCACCGGCCUUAAUGCGUACGCGUGCCCCGUCGCUACAUAUGCAUCUUUCCCGCUCAACAAGUUUGAGUGCCGGUACGGCGAGGUUAACCGGCUUAUCUGUUCGUACAACCAAACCAAUGGCGCCCAAGUGCCCUCAUCUUUUACUGGCCUCGUGGAUAUCAAUUGUCCGAGGAUCCCGGCUCUGGCCUGCAACAACCUGGGUCUCGGCAACAACACCGAGUGUGCCAACAUCAUGACGCCAUUCGGCCCCGGCAGCACUAACUGCGCGUGUGGCGAUUACAUCGGAGGAAGCGUUCCCAGCGCAACCGUCUGCCAGGCGAACGUCCAGUGUGCGAAUUGCACCAACGGCUGCACCUUCGACGCGGACUGCCCCGAUGGCUACAAUUGCGCGGGCGGCUGCGGCGGGGUCCGUAUUCGGCCGGCAAACUUCAGCGGGGUGUGCCUGCCCAACUGCGGGACUGCGCCGGCAGCGAGCGGCUGCUUGCGCCUCAAUGAGUCUGCCGUUUGA